AUGCCUACAAUUAGCACUCGUGCGGCGGCUAGACCGUUGAGCGAAAACAUCGGCCCAUACAGCAUAGACAGAAGUACCCCACUACCCCCUCAGUUUGAACACGUCUUAUGGCACCUAAAAGACAUACACCGGAUUAUAGAAUCGAAACAGUUGAAAUCUCGUCGAGAAUCUACCUACUUGACAUAUGGUCAGGCGGUCGAAUCCGUGCUACAUAAAGCAAGAGUUCGCAAUCGAGAGUCCUCAGUUCCCGUCAUGGCUAUCUUUAUUGCCAGCAUAUCCGUCGCGCUUUUGGCUUGUGGACAAAUCUACCAAGAGAAACUAUCCGAUAGCACCAACGAAACCUUUAUCUGUCGCGUCCUCUUGGUCAAUGCCAGCUUUGUGCUUUCCGCGACCCUCAGUUUACUCGCUCUCGCUGGAGAAACCGAGCACUACACUGCAGUCGAUAGAGAACACCCACUGACAAAAGAAGAACUCGAAGCGGUCUAUAUAUUCGAGUCUCAUCUCUUAUCCUGCCAGAGAAAAUGCGAG